AUGAACCACUUCCACAGCGAUAGACGCAAGACGUUACCUGAAGUUAAGCCAGAAAAUGAUGAACCAGAAAGUAUUCCUAAGCGUGUAUUACCCAGUCUAUCUAUAAAAGAAGCAAGCCAACCUUUCAAGACAAACCCACCUAAACCUAUACCCAGCUGGCUACAAACACAAUAUGCUGAAGAAACAAGCAAGAAAGCUUCCAAUAUUCGUCACUCAAUAGGUUUGGACGUGCCCGGUGCAGUGCAUACUAUCACAACCCCAAAAUUAAAAACAGAACGUCAACUGGAUAGUAAACUAGUCGUCAUAAUGGUCGGAUUGCCUGCGCGAGGAAAAAGUUAUAUUGUCAAAAAAUUAAGACGAUACUUGAAUUGGUUACAAUAUGAAACAAAAGUCUUUAAUGUGGGCAAUAUGAGACGCGUUUAUGAGUCUUCACAAGAACAAAGUGCUAGUUUCUUUGAUCCAACAAAUCCAGACAACAAGCGUAUUCGUGAUGAGAUUGCUUUAAGUGUAUUGGAACAACUAGUCGACUGGUUAAAAGAAGGAGGACGUGUUGCUAUUCAUGAUGCGACUAAUUCAACAAUGCUUGAACGUAACUUUCGAUUGAAAUUGUCAGGUCCGGACUAUAAAAACAAAGAUCCUAUAGAAGCAUUGGCAGAUUUCAGGUCGCGUGUAGCAAACUACGAAAAGGCUUAUGAGCCUGUUGGCGAUUGGGAAGAAGAGAAUGAUAUCCAAUUUUGUAAACUUAUCAAUGUAGGCAAAAAAGUGAUUGCAUAUAACAUUUCUGGUUACUUGUCUGGUCAAUGCAUAUUCUAUUUGAUGAAUUUCAAUCUGAAUGAACGCCAAAUUUUUGUAACUCGCCAUGGUGAGAGUGAAGACAACGUUACAGGCAGAAUUGGUGGUGAUGCUCCUUUAUCAGCAAAAGGACGUAAAUUUGCUAAAGCAUUGGCCAAAUUCGUACAAACACAACGCAUUCGAUUUGGCUGUGAAUUGGCUGCAAGAGCAAAUGAAUUGGAACCAGAAGAAAAGCAGACACCCGCACUAGCUUUACAAAAGACAGCAGAGUUCUGUAACUCUCAGUUUUCUGUUUGGACGAGUAUGCUUCAGAGAUCAAAACAGACAGCAGAACAUUUUGAUCCAGAUGAUUACGACAUUAAGCAUAUUCGCUUUUUGAAUGAAAUCAAUUCUGGUGUUUGUGAGGGUAUGACAUACCAAGAGAUCCAAGAAAAGCAUCCUUCCGAAUUCAAAUCUCGACAACAAAACAAGCUCUUUUACAGAUAUCCCGGUAUGGGUGGUGAAUCCUACAUUGACGUGAUUCAUCGUCUGCAACCAAUGAUAGUUGAAUUGGAGAGAAUGACGCAGUCUUGUUUGAUUAUUACACAUAGAGUAGUUAUGCGUAUCCUUUUAGGUUAUCUGCUAGACUGGACAAGAGAAGAAAUGCCUCACAUGAUGGUUCCUAUUCACACUGUAUACGAACUUCGCCCCAAACCUUAUGGUACCGAAUUGAAGAAAUGGCAAUAUGUAGAAGAAACCGACACUUUUGUUGAGUUCUAA